CCCGUGGGGGCGGAGAGAACACCGCCCGCUGCCGCAGGAGCCAAUAGAGAAGAGGAACAGCGAAGCGCUUCCUGAGUUCGGGGUCGAGGAAAGAUGGCGACCACCAAAGGGGGUUGGUGCUUGUGCGAGUUAUUGAGAUUUUUAUAUUCAUUAUUCCUCCCUGGGUUGACAGUCUGUGGAACUUUAUGUGUAUGUCUGUUCAUUAUCCUCUGGGGAAUCAGACUGCUGCUACAGAGAAAGAAAGCGUCAGAAUCAACUGGCAAAAAUGGGAAAAAGCAAAUGGUGGUGGCAUUUUUUCAUCCAUACUGCAAUGCUGGUGGAGGAGGAGAAAGAGUUUUGUGGUGUGCCUUAAGGGCCCUGCAGAAAAAGUAUCCUGAAGCAGUUUAUGUCGUUUAUACUGGUGAUGUUAACGUCAGUGGUCAGCAGAUACUAGAAGGUGCUUUCCGAAGAUUUAACAUCAGACUCACUCACCCGGUGAAGUUUGUUUUCUUGAAGAAACGCUACCUUGUGGAAGAUUCACUCUAUCCUCAUUUCACACUGCUGGGCCAAAGUCUAGGGUCCAUUUUGCUUGGCUGGGAAGCGCUAAUGCAGUGUGUUCCCGAUGUCUACAUCGAUUCAAUGGGAUACGCGUUCACACUUCCUCUGUUUAAGUAUUUAGGCAGUUGUCGCAUCGGAAGCUAUGUUCAUUAUCCCACAAUCAGCACUGACAUGCUCUCUGUGGUGAAGAAUCAAAAUGUUGGAUUUAACAAUGCAGCCUUCAUUACCAGGAAUCCUUUUCUCAGCAAAGUAAAGCUCAUCUAUUAUUAUUUAUUUGCUUUUGUUUAUGGACUUGUUGGUUCUUGCAGCGAUGUCGUGAUGGUCAAUUCUUCGUGGACACUAAACCACAUUCUCUCCCUGUGGAAGGUUGGGAAUCGCACUAACGUUGUUUAUCCACCUUGUGAUGUGCAGACAUUUCUGGACAUUCCCUUACAUGGCAAAAAGACGGCCCCAGGACAUUUACUCGUUUCCAUUGGCCAGUUCCGGCCUGAAAAGAAUCAUCCUUUGCAGAUCAAAGCUUUUGCUAAAUUGCUGAAUAACAAGGUGGCUGAGUCAUGGCCUUCACUUAAACUUGUCCUCAUUGGAGGUUGUCGAAACCAAGAUGAUGAGCUGAGGGUAAACCAACUGAGAAGGCUUUCUGAGGAUCUAGGAAUUCAAGAAGAUGUGGAAUUUAAAAUAAACAUUCCAUUUGAUGAGUUAAAGAAUUACUUGUCUGAAGCAACAAUUGGUCUGCAUACCAUGUGGAACGAGCAUUUUGGGAUUGGAGUUGUUGAGUGUAUGGCGGCUGGCACGAUUAUCCUUGCACACGAUUCAGGGGGCCCGAAGCUUGACAUCGUUGUUCCUCACCAAGGAGAGAUAACUGGAUUUCUGGCUGAAAGUGAAGAAGGCUACGCUGAGACCAUGGCUCAUAUUCUUUCCAUGUCUGAGGAAAAGAGACUCCAAAUCCGAACCAAUGCUCGUGCAUCUGUAAGCAGAUUCUCUGACCAGGAGUUUGAACUGGCGUUCCUGUCAUCUGUGGAGAACUUAUUUAAAUAAUGCCAUGUCUGUACAAAUUAAAGAUAUUUUAUAUAAAACGGCUAAAUACCUUCAUAUGUUAGUAUUUUUCUAAACGUUUUCUGUAUUGUAAUAAAGUCAGUCGAAGCAACACUCUCAGCAGUAUGUAUAAAACACAGGAUAUUUAUUUCAAGGAAAAUGAAAAAAAGGCAAAAUUUACUGAAAUAGUUUAAAUGAAAAAAUUUUAGAUCAGUAUUCUGUCUCAAAUUCUGAAGAAUACGGCUCUGAAAGAAAAAAAUUGAACAGUCAAUCCCUAUUUUUCAGAUCCUAUUUGUCAAAUCACUGUACGUUAGAACCCAGGAAAGAGAAUUUCCCUUUAGCAAAUAGGAAAUGUUGAAAGGAGAAUGGAGGACUGACAAUUCAUUGCUUAACACUUUAGAAUUGUUCUGACAUCUCGGGAACACAGAAAAAUUCUAGUACAUUAAAAUUCUAAAUUCUGUUGUGGAUGACCGUCUUGAAUAUAUCAGACGAUUUUCUUAAAAGAGAAAAGACACUUGAAGCAGGCGUCAUCAGGUGCUAAAAGCACGUGGUGAAAAGACAGAGGGACGGUGGCUGCCCCGCAGCUCAGGGUUUGUGAAGUCACUCUGUGUUUAGUGCUACCGGUACACUUGUCCCGAUACAGAGGGAUCGCUCAUUAUCCCGUCACAUUCCCACACCCGGGGGCUGCGAGUCAGCUUGAGGCUGUUCAGAAGGUCUGAGUGAAAACAUCGUGCCAUGUUGUUUUUCUCACAGUGACGAUGAACUAACUGGCUCCAUCCACCCGGACUCUGUUGGCAGCACCGUGCAUUGUGAGACAGCGAGGGGGCAUUUAGAAAAGAGCUCCGGACUAGCGGUUAGAAUUCCUGCGCCUGACCCCAGUGUCGUCACGGACAAACAUCGGACCUCCUAAGACUCAAUUUGCUGCUUAAUCUUGUUGAAGGUCCACAUCUUCAUCUGUUAUCUGGUGAUGCUAAUACCUGUCCUCACUACCUCUUAGUGAUUCUGAUUUGGAAAGUAUGUGAAAGUACCUUGAAAAUUAGAAGUUUUUUUUUAAAGGUACCUUUUUAAAGUAAUUUAAUUAAAAGUAACCAUCUGUAGUAAAUGUCUCUUGUAAUCAACCCUCCUUACUAAUGCAUUAGACUCAAGGUAGACUCAUGGAUACUAAGUCGAUGGCUAGGACAGCUGUGCUGAUUUUAACAGGACUCCUGUGCUGAAUCACCAGCAGGAGAAGUACGUGGAUGUGAGGAUAGGGCUCUAGAGACCUACAACUCUUGGCAUUUUCUGCAUAUAGAACUAGCUUCUUCUAGUUCAGUGAAUCGACCUGCCGCACAGUCUGAUACAUCUUUGUGUUAGGAGCAUGUGAAACUCCCCUCAUCCAGUCACGGACCCAGCCAGCUUCAUCAGCCACUCUGAAUCACACUGUUGACUGGUCUGCAGGCCACCUUCUGUCUUCAGAUCAAACAGCGCAACACGGAGUCCCAGGAUGACAUGACACCAACAUAGCUUUGGGUGGAGAUGAUUCAGUUUAGAAAAGAAAGACUGAUGGACAUUGGAGCUGGAAGGAACCCUACAAAUCCUCGGGUCCAGUUUUCUCAUUUUCAACUUUACAGACAAGAACAAUUCAGUCUCACAAAGCUGUUUAAGUAUAAACAAUGCAGGUUUACAAGCUGGGUGUUUUGACUCCAGCCCAGUUGGUUUUCUUAUAGUCAGUCUUCGAGCAAGAUUUGUGCCACUGUCCCCGCAGUCUACCUAUCUACCCUCAGAAACUCACAGGACUCGAGGUAAAUUGAAGUGGGCUAAGCAGAAGGAAAGGAUGCAGUUCAGGAAGAAAGGAUUCUGAAAUUCCCUAAAGCAUUUUUUAAUCUUGUUUCUUCAGAAUUAUUUCUAUUUGCCACACACAUCACUGGAAACAUACUUUGUGUAUGUGUUCACCCUGCCUAUUCCUAAUGUGGUUAUUAUGUGUCUUUUUUCCAGAAUGACUGAUAACCAUGAAAAGCGUCAAAACAACGUGUCAGCUAUUGUCUGUCUGGAGAACUUCUGAGUGACUGUUCAUUCCUAUAAAACAGUGUUUUUGAGUGGUCCAAAUGCGGUAUAUUUUGAACCUCCAGCAGUGGGAAUUCUCAUUCGUAUUUGGGUUGUGCGUAAUAAAAUACAUGUUACAUGUUCUUUGUAUAGUAAUCUCUUUGUAUCUAAUAUGACUUUGAUUUAAUAGAUACAAAAUCUGUUUGUAUCUGUGAUAUAAAGUGAUUUUCAUUAUCUUGGAUACUUUCCCCCAUAUGGUACAUUUGCACCCCCAUGCAGUCUCCCCAAUGCUGAAUCGUUACCUACUACUAAAAUUCCUAAGUUCCACAUGCCAAGAAUUUAGAAAGAAAGAGAGAAAGGCAGAAGGAAGGAAGGAAAAAAAAGA